UCGGAGAAUUCAGCGGGGAAAACCCCUGGCCGUCCGCCCAGCGCCUGGACAACCCACGGAAGCAGGACAUAAAAGGAAGCGUCGUGGUCUUGAGGACCACACCGUCUUUGGAUCUCCGUAACCGAAGAAGCGAGGAUGGAAGCGUUCUUCUGGAAGACCUUGAUGCUGGUCGGGGUUCUGUCGGUCUCGGGGCGUCCCCACCUGCCCCACGAGCCGCUGACCUACGAUGAGGCCCUGCGUCUUGGGGUGGAGAUCUUCAACAAGAAAGCUGGGGAAGGGUCCCUCUACCGUCUCCUGGAAAGUGUUCCUCAGCCCGAAUGGGAUCCCGUCUCGGAAGGCAAUCAAGCCCUGAAUUUCACCGUCAAAGAGACGGUGUGUCCGGCCGAAGAAGACUUUUCCAUGGAUCGAUGUGACUUCAAAGAAGAUGGGAUGGUCAGACAGUGUACAGGCUACUACUUCCUUGAGGAGAGACCCCCGGUGGCCGUUCUUACCUGUCACACCGUGGGAGGAACAGUGAAGGAGGAGGAGGAGGAGAAGGAGAAGAAGAAGGACCAACCCAAACGCGUCAAGAGAUUCGUGGGUUCUUUUCAGCUUGUCGUCGGGGUCUCUUUCCGCUUCUAAGCGACGGAUUCGAAAGGAGCCGAGUUCAGAUGUUCCAUCGAGAAAAACAAUAAUCAAAUAAAUAAAAAAUCCAGAUUUCCCCCCCCCCCCAGCUUGGCUUAGAUCUCCGUUUACCGCAGAGGCUUCCUUAAAACAAAGGCGCGACUUCCAAUCAGUAACACAGCGUUUUAAAAAAAUGCGAUGGGGCUAGUCCUCAAGUUACGACGGUCCGUUUAGUGACCGUUCCAGGUUACAACGGCCCUGGAGAAACGAGACGUAGGGCUUGUUUUUCACACAACCACUGUCGCAGCGUCCCCAGCAUCCAAAUUCCAGGCACUUGUCCACCGACUCCUAUUUACGACGGAGUCCACAUGAUCCCUUUUUGCGACCAUCGAUGGGGAGGGAGGAGCCAGGGAAGGUUGUCAAACGGGGCAAAACUGCCUCAGCCACGCCAGUGUGGAGCUCCCUUGUGGUCGUAACCCCGAGGACUCCGUGCAAAGGCUGAAAGGAGACGGAGGAAGGCUCCCUUUUGCAAAAUCUGAAUUUAAAAAAAACCCCAUUUUUCUAUCCUGUCUCCAUUUUGUCAGGCGGCGAUUUUAGAAGGCUGUAUAUAUUUUCCGAAUAAUCGAUAAAUAAUAAAAUUUCUCCUGGGCAAGAA